UUGCAGAUCAUAUUGAAAAAAAUAGAGCCUGUGAGGCUUUAAAAUCUGAGCUGACAAUGUAAUGUUCAGGUGAUGGAGAUAAAGGAUGGGCCAGUGGAACUGCAGCUUGAGUUUCUUCAUAUUUCAGUGAAGUGAGAGAUACUUUAGCAAUGGCUGACUGUAGUGUUGCAAAUGGGCCUCCUAACAAGAGACCUAAACUCCAUCACCAUUUUGGGAGUCCUCCAAGUAAUCCUUCAGAUGUGUUUAAUCAUCUAUGGGAGAUUGAAACGAGCCUUCCCAAUGAACUCAUGAACAAAAACUCCUGGGACGCAAUAGAACAGGGCACUAAAUCUCAACAGGUUCACCAAAGUACCUUUGAAAGCAUCCAGAAAGGGGCCAAAAUGAAUGUUGGAUGCACAUCUGUCAUUUCCACCUAUCCAACUGUAGUGCAGCCACUGGGGCUCAGCAGUCUGACAUACAAGGAGGAGAAUAAAGGUCCACAGCUAGUGCAGCAAAAUUUGUCAGGUCUCAUACUACCCGGGCAGCAAGGACAGCCAGCCCUUAGUGUGUCUAUUGCUCAAGAUGCAUCUGAUUCCCUGGCAUGUGUACCAAAUGUCCCUGUGAAUGCAGGAUCUUCUGGGCAAAUUGACUUUCCCAUUGGGUUGAUUAAAAGAACACAUGCUAAUGUUAUUGCUGGAGACGAAGUGGACAACAAAUUGGGUGUACCUUCCCAUGAAAAAGAGCAACAUCCUCAAAGGACGGAGAAGUUGGAUCCUCUGUCAGAGGAAGGACCAACUACAAAUUGUGAAACAGUUCAUUGCACAGAUGAGAUGAAGCAUUCCAUUGAGUCAUUUGUGCAUGCUUUGCAAUGCUGGGAUGCCAACUGCUGCCACCCACGCUGCCCAAAGAUGAAGCAAGCUUUGUCUCACACCAAAGAGUGCAAGAACAUUGGCUGCAAGACCUGCAAACAGCUAGUCAUUAUCUGCUGCCAUCAUGCCAAGUGUUGCCAGGAAAAUGGCUGUCAAGUGCCUUGCUGUAAAAAAAUUAAGCACAAAUUGGCACAGCAGCAAAUGCAUCCACACAUUCAGCAAGAUGCACAGAUGAAACAACAUUUGGGAGCCAUGACAUAUGGAGUUGAAUGGAGCUCACCCAGUUCCUCAAGUUAUGGGCAUUGCAUCCCCCUUCCUGUUCGCAUGGGAGGAAUGCAUACAAAAGCCUUGGGGAUGAGUGGGACAUCCAUUAUCUGUUCUUCUCCUGGUCAAAUGAUUUCAAGCCAUCCUACCCCUGGAAUUUUGUUGGAACCUGUCACGGGUGGUUCAUCUGCUUCCAAUGCCCAAUUGCAACAAAUCAUCAGACAGGUGCAGGAAGAAGCCAAAAUCCAGGCAGCAUUCACAAGCAUUGAUUUCAGUGGCAUAAACACAAGCAUGAAAGCUCAUAAUCCAGCAGGACCUAUUUCAUGGAAUCCAUUUGGGCAGAUAGGCAAUACACUCAUGGUGACUCACUUUCAAAAUCAAGGAGGUGGAGUGUCACCUGCAGGGAAGUGCACCACUGGAAUUGAGAAACCAUCCAGGGUUCCUAGUAAUGAUAAUGCCAUAGACCAUCAAUUCCAGGUUCAACCACCAAUGCAAAGCAUCAGCCUGUCAAGGCCCAUCAUUGCAGCUUCUAUCAGUGGUCCUACUGCACCACUGACACCAAUGCUACAAACAACUAUUACUACUACCAAUCAGAUCAAACGAUGCAUGCAGACAUUGGUGCAUGCAUGUCAAUGUCGGGAUGCAAACUGCUGCCUCCCAAGCUGCCUAAAGAUGAGGCGAGCUUUGGCCCAUGCCAAAGGGUGCAAGAAAAAGGUCAACAAUGGUUGUCAGAUCUGCAAACAGAUGAUUACUCUCUGCUGUUACCAUGCCAAGAAUUGUCAGGAGAAAGACUGUCGAGUGCCAUUCUGCAACAACAUCAAGCACAAGUUGAAGCAGCAGCAACCAGCUGCUCGCAUCCAGCAAGAUGCCUUGACGAGGCGGCGCAUGGCAGCCAUGGCAUGUGGCAUGUCUGGAAGCUCUGCCAGUUCUGCCAGUCAUGGUCAUUGUGCACCCAAUUCUUUGUCCAUGGCUGGAGGGCAUACGAAAGCCUUGGGCGUUGGUGCUGCACCCAUGCCCAUGCCCUCUCCUGGUCAGAUGAUGCCAAACCAUAAGGCACCUGGGGUUGGGAUGAAACUACUUGGUGGUCCAUCUUCUGCACUGAACAUCCAACAGGUGCAAGAACAAGCAAAAAUGCAAGCUACAUCCAGUAGCAUGAUAAGCUUUGGAGGCAUGAAUCCAAGCAUGAAAACUCAGGGUCAAGCUGGAUCGACGAUUGGGAAUCCUGCUGGUCUGCAAAAGUCUGCUUCUACUCCAAUGAUGGCUGGAGUUUCAAAUCAGGGCAGUGGUGUUGCACCAAGGGGAGGUCUCCUUGAUAUGGACCAAUGGCCUGGAAAUGAGGGACAACCUGGGAUCCCUGGUAAAGAUAAUGUCAUUCACUACCAACCCCAGGUUCAACCUGCCAUGCAAGGCAUGAGGCCACCAGGGCCCAUGGUUGUGACAGGUCCCGGUGGCCCAAUUGUUGCUGCUGGUAAUCCCAGUGCAUCAGGGAACAACCUAGCUACCAGUUACCCAAAGCCCCACACUUGGACAAACUACUCCAGCACCAGUGCAUGGAGGACAAGCCAGUCCAGGGUUAGCCCCAGGGGGACCAACUGGUCCAGCAGCAAGGGGAACGGUGUCUCAUCUACUGAGUUCUUCUCCAGAUAUCCCACUCCAGUUCCAAUGCGUGAUCUGCAUGAACGAAGAAGUUUCUAUGGUCUUCCUCCCUUGCCGGCACAUGGUGAUAUGCGACAGGUGUGA